AUGUCCUGGGAGUCCAUCGCGUCGCGGGAGUACCUCAGCGGCACCGCCAGCCACCAGCUGUCGUCGACGGCGCUGCUGCCGUCUCCCAAUGGCUCCAAGCACCCCCUGGACAUGUACGAGUUCUCCGAGGACAAGCUGCCCGGCGGACUACGCCGGCAUGGCGGGCCCUCCAAGCCCUCGAGGGCCUGGUGGGAGUGUCUGGUGGGCUGCCGGCGCCGGGUGGACCAGCAGAUCGCGCGCAGGAAGGUGGAACAAGGCGUGCGGCUGUACAACCAGCACAAGAAGCAUGCGGCGGUCGUCAAGUGGAAAAGUGCUUUGAAAAUUAUCCACAAAGGUGACGACAAGUUCGCCCUACUUGGCUACCUCUACCAAGCCUACAUGGAGUGGGGUAAAUACAGGGAGGCGCUGGAACUGGCGCACCGCCAGCUCGGCCUGGCCGAGGAGGCGGAGAGCCCCAGCCUGCGCGCGCAGGCCUACCUGGGCAUGGCGCGCGCGCACGAGCGCCUGGGGCAUCUGGAGCGCGCGCUCGCCUACGCGCGCCACUCGCUCUACAACGAGUGCGACGAGUGCGGCACGGCGGGGCACGUGCACCUCGCCAUGGGCAGCGUGCACCUGGAGCUGGCCAGCUUCUGCAAGGCGCUCGAGUCGUUCCAGCGCGCGCACAAGGUGGCGCAGGCCAUCCAGGACCCGGCGCUCGAGCUGCAGGUGUACGUGGGGCUGUCCGAGCUGUUCGGCAGGCUGCAGGACGCCGACAAGAGCGCGCGCUACGCCGCCAAGGCGUACGACCUGUCGCGCAGCCUGCAGCUGGGGGACCUCAACUCGCGGCACCACCGCGCCGCGCUGCUGCAGAUGGCGUCGGCGCUGCGCAAGCAGGGCGAGCUGGGCGAUGCCUACGACUACUGCCGGGAAGCAACCAGACUAGCAGUUGUGUCAGGAGACCAGUCAGUUUACACCAAAAGCAUGCGAAUUAUGGGCGACAUUUACAGAAAGAAGUCUGAAAUGAGCAAAGCCUACCGCCAGUACGAGACCGCCACGCGCUCCGCGGCUGGCAUCGGGGACCGCCUGUGCCAGAUGGAGGCCAUGGACGGCGCCGCCAGGUGUCUGGAGGCUCUCCGGGUGCAGCAGAAGAUCUGCAACUGCCGCCCGCUCGAGUUCAACACUCGCCUGCUAGAGUUCGCCGUGUCCCUGGGAGCGAAGCUGCUGGUGCGCACCAUCAGGCGGCGACUGGGCCACAUCUACCGCAGCCUGCGCGACGAGGAGCACCAGGCGCUGCACGAGCGGCUGGCCCAGUGCCUUGAGGAGGAGCUGGAGUUGCAGUGCGGCGCCUGCAGCCUGCCCUUCGGCGUGGAUGCUGACAGCCUGGAGGCGCUGCCCUGCGCGCACAUCCUGCACGCCAGGUGUGCACAUGAAAUCAUCAAGAGACGAGACAAGAAAAAGAAACGCUUAUGCCCAGACUGCCACCGCUCUAUAAGCUCGCGCCUGUAUCUAUACUGUGAUGACUCUCACUCUCUGAGCUAUCAGCACCGGUCUAACUUCAGCCUCGCCAGCCUGAGCCUGCGCGCCAGCAACCUAACACUCGCUAGCAAUCAGGCCACGUCAUCUGUGUAG